AUGAGCAGCCACCAAUACAGCAGCAACGACGGCAAGAAGCUGAUGUCGCACGUCAAGCGCGCGCAUCGUGUCGGCAGCUUGUGCGUGACGAGCAGGAAGGGGCAGGAGCAGCGAAGACUAGUGGGCUUCACGGUGGUCAAGAAGCCGUCGGCGGUGACGAACACGGGCAAGGAGGACACGCACAAGAAUUACGUGCACACCAGCAGCGAGACGAAGGUGAUCAAGAUGGAGAUGCGGGCCGAAGCGGUGGUGAUGGCGACCGAGCAGCCGUGGAGAUGCUACGAGGCAGAGGUCGGCCUCGGCGUUCCGUACCCAUGCCCGAGUUGUUGCAAAUGCCCACCGCAGGGUACAUCGUGGAGGUUGCGCGACGACGAGUGGCUGUCGGCAGCGGAGUUCGAGGAGUUGCUCGACGCCCGCAAGAUCGAGGACGAUCUUGGAGCCGCAGAUGGCGUGUAG